AAUUUUGGGAAGAAUUUGGGAAAAGAUUUGUCUUCAAGUGAUAAGAGAGACACACGAAGAGAGUUGUUUGAAGAGAAGACACGCAUAGAAGAGGAGUCUCUCGAGAGCUCGAAAGAGACGUUGGGUUUGAUUCUUGAAAGCGAAAGAAUUGGUGUUAAAACCGGACGAGAGUUAGUCCGACAGAGAGAGACAUUGAAUAGAGUGGAAGACAAGUUGGAGUCAAUUGAUGGCAGUUUACAUGAGACACAAAAACAUAUCAAAUCCAUGAAAAAAGAUAAUUUAAAUCAAAUCGAUUUGGGAAUCGAAAGACUAAAGCAAUUAUCGUUAGGAUUAGGCAAUGAGAUCGAUGAACAAAACACUCUGAUUGACAGAAUCACUAAACAAACUGAAAAAACUGAACUCAGAAUUAAACACCAAAAUCACCAAUUGCGUCGAGUCCUGACGGCCUGUUGUGUGACAUACGGGCGCCGAGUAUUGUGUAUCACUUCCGUGUCAUCCAUUUGUUCAACAAGUGAUGCCUCGGAUGAAUGGCUACGCAAUCGUUUGGGUCUACCUUUUGGUGUCUUCGGAGCCUUUCGUUUGACAGUUUUGGUCUCUUUAUGGAUCUGUUGCUCGUCUUUCAUGGACUUAAGAGAACUCUUCUUAUCGUAUUCAGUCAUACGGCGCUUCAAGUCCUCCAACUCAGCCUUCAAUUCAGCGAUAAUC